UUCCUUGUUUCUUCCAGAUCUCUGAUUUCAACUUCUCUAUCUCAGCCAUCCAAAAAGCAUCUCUUGAAGCAACAAUGUUAUUCACCUCCUCUGCCAAAAGUUGUCUCACACCCUCCUUCACUUGCUCAUCAACCGUUGUUUGUGUCUUCUGCUUCUUUGACCGCGGGAGAUUGAAAUACACAGCCUUCCUCACAUGCAUUCCUUGUCCUCGAACUCUUCCACCGUGCUCGGGCUUCCCAAGAGCCUUGGUCAAUACAUCAUCAUCAUCACCUUCUUCAGCUUUGGCUUUGGGGUGACGGGCAAGGGAGUAGAAUGGCUUUGCACGUUCUUUGACCUUGAGCCACUCAAUGCCUGCACCACUGUCAAAGUUUCUUGUGCCUUGGAGAGGAUCGGAGAAUUGGUUUUUGGAUUGCACGUCCAGCCUGCGCAUUCUGUUGAGUGCUGGCCAUAUUCUGAAAGGUUUUCAGCUCCUAUGUCGGCAAAAACGGUAGGUUAUGGCUCCAGUAUAGCAGAGGGAAGUGAAUCGGAGAAGAAGGUUGACGACGACGAUGGUGUGGACGAUUCAAAGGAGACUGAAAUCAUCAUCUAUUACCAUGAAGAGGAAGACGUCAUAAUCAUUGCUGGGACUAAGAAGACGCAGUUGAUGCUAGACGACGGCCAGAGGUAUGAGAUACUCGCAAUCGAGACUUCUCUGGGGAUCUACAAACCUUGGGAUCCGAAGACAGAUGUGAUGAAGUUCAUGCAACCCACUUCAGAUGUGAACUCUUCGGUCUCAGAGAUCAAUUCCAAGGCACAUCUUUUCCAACAUGGUAUUGAUGAAUCAUAUACAUGUUGGAUAUGGCACGGAGAGCUAAAUCCAGAUGAUGAACCCCCUCACCCACACAAUAAACGUGUUCAUGACUCAUUUGAUGAUGGAACAGAAGAAAACAGCGAAGAAGAUGGUGAGGACAGGUCUUUUGAAUACUCUGAUUUCAUGAACCAUGUCCAAGGGGAUUCUGAACCCCUUUACCCGGGAUGCAAGACCUACACUAAGCUGAAGGCACUAGUGAUAUUAUAUAACUUGAAGGCAAAGCAUGGGAUUUCUGAUUCAUGCUUCUCUGAAAUUCUGCUUUUGCUGGGGACAUUUCUCCCAAAGGGCAACUGCCUGCCUUCGUCAUUUGGUGAAGCAAAAAAAACCUUAUGUGCUUUAG